AUGAGAAAAACUCAUUCUCCAUAAGGUUUCUAGUACUUUAUGAAAAGAAGAUAUGAGUAAAGGUUUCCAAAAUUUAAAUUUUAAGAGCCAGUGGAAACAUAUGGAUUGAUGCCCAAAAUUACUCUUAACUAAAACCUAAGAACAGAAAAUAUAUAAAAUAACUCUGCAAAAUAUAUAUUACCUCAUUUAUAAAAAAGAAUGGCAAAUAGUUAAUCAAAAGAGAAAAGUGAUGAUUCUUGCAUUUUAAUUGGUAAUACAUUAAAAUCACUUGAAAGAAGAGUAUUAAAACCAAGGAUAUCAUAUUAGCCUGAAAUUCCAUCUAAUAAAUAUAUCAAAUCUAGAAGUAAAUCUAUAAAAAAAUAACCAAAAUUUGAUGGAAUAUAUUUUGAAGGAGAAAAAUAUUGUUAAGAAAUUGAAUUUUAAGAAAAAUAUGCUAAUAUUAGAUAGUAUUAUAAUUAUAUCAAUAUAUCAAAUGGUAUAUUCAUAAAAUCUACUGUAAAUUAUUAUAAGGCUAACGUAUCAAAAAGUAACAAUGGAUAAUUGGUUAAGACUCUACUGAAGUAAAGAUGGUGGUGGUUGAUUGUGGAAAAUGAUAAAGAAAAUGUCAAUUUUCUAUGGGAAUCAUCACGAAAUGAUAAUUAUAUAAUCACAAUGCCAUGUUCAGAAUAAGUAGACAACAAUUAUAAUUUCAAUAUUUCAUAAGAUAUCUAAGAUAUUCCAAUUGAUUCUCAUCCUUAUGCAAAAUUGUUACCUAAAAAUUUAGUAAUUUAAAUGAAUUAAUAAGAAAAACAUGUUGGAAAAUUGAACAAAUUAUUAAAUUAUGAAUAAUGUGUACAGUUUUGCAAUAAUGUUAGAACAUAUGAAAUUACAUCAUCAACUAAAAUCCAUAAUCACAUCUAAAAUAAUACUCAUUUAGGUUCCAAAAAGAAUUUAUUUCUAAAUUUAAAAAAGUAUUAUGAAUUAAAUUCUUAAAAUGUAUUUGAGUUUCUUCCUUUAACUUAUCACAUAAAGAAUAAAUUCGAUUUGGAAAAUUAUCUAAUUGAAAAUUUCAGUGCAAAAAAAAUUUGGAUUGUAAAACCUGGAGAAUUAACUAAUCGAGGACAUGGUAUUUAAAUAUUUUAGAAUAUUAAUGAAGUUAAUUUUUUUUUAAAAGGAAAUCAUUAACAUAAAAAUGGAUUAUCUAAAACCUUUAUUGUUCAACAAUAUAUCACCAAUCCUUUGUUAUAUAACUAAAGAAAAUUUGAUAUUCGAUGUUUUAUACUUUUUACAGGGAUUAAUGGCUAAUAGAAAGGCUAUUGGUAUUAAGAUGGUUAUAUUAGAACAUCAUCUAAAGAAUUCAAUCUAAAUAAUUUAUCAAACAAAAUGAUACAUUUAACAAAUGAUGCUGUCUAAAAAUAUUCUGAUGACUAUGGCAAAUUUGAAAAAGGAAAUAAAAUAUCCUUUGAAGAAUUCAAAAAAUUCAUAACACCAGAAAAAUUCAAUUAAGUUUAUUAAAGAAUGAAAUAAAUUGCUUUUGAUUAGUUUUAAGCUGUUGCUGAACUUUUAGAUCCAUUAAAAAGAGAAAAUACAUUUGAAUUAUUUGGAUUAGAUUUUAUGAUUGAUGAUUCAUAUAAUACUUGGUUAAUUGAAACUAACACAAAUCCUUGUUUAGAAUAAACAGGUCCAUUAUUGACGGGUUUUAUGCCAUAGUUGAUAGACAAUCUCUUAAAACUUGUAAUUGAUCCUUUAUAUCCUCCACCUUAAUUUUACAAUUCAAAAAAGUUUGUAUAUGAAUGUUUAAAUAAUAAAUUCGAACUUAUUUAUGAUUCUUCAAAGAUAAAAUUAAAUAGAAAAAAUGUUGCAAUUGAUAAUGAAUUAUGA